AUAGUCGAAUACCCUGGUAGACGAUCCCUCUUCUAACGUGCGAAUGACUAUAUAACCUUUCGAGUCUAAAGGCGAUUUGAAGUUUUGGAGCCAAAAUGGCCGGGGCAACGUUGAUGAGAAAAAUAGGUACGGCUAUUAAGGAAGCGGCUACCGGAAGCCGCAUCUCUAGCGGAUGGUAUGAUCCGCACAUGGCGGCCGCUUCUCGCGCCGUUGCCGAACGAAUUCCAUUAGCUGAUUUUGUUCUUGAAGUCAGAGAUGCUAGGGUUCCGAUGUCAUCUGAAUAUGAAAUCAUGAAAAAUUAUCCACCUUCAUCGAAAAGAAUCAUUGUAUUGAACAAGGCGGACCUGGCGGAUCGAUCGCAAACAGAGGUCUGGACUCGGUAUUUUGAAGACCACAACUGCAUCUCUUAUGGCGUUAAUUCCCACAAUAAAGAGAAUAUUAGGGAGUUCUUGAAUUUUCUUCAAGCUAGAGUUAGAGAAUUGAAGAAGAGCGGUCAUUCCAGCCAUGCCACCACGAUGAUGCUGGUUGGAAUUCCAAAUGUUGGUAAGUCGGCCCUUGCCAACUCUCUGCAUCAAAUUGGAAGAAUUAGUGCUGCAGAGAAAGGGAAGUUGAAGCAUACUAUAGUGAGUUCACAGCCUGGUGAGACAAAAAAUAUCAGCAGCUUGAAGAUAGCUAGUCAUCCCAAUAUUUAUGUAUUAGACACCCCAGGCAUUUUUCCUCCCAAGAUUCACAACAUCGAGGUCUGUUCCAAGCUUGCUUUAACAGGGGCAAUUAGAGACAUUUUAGUUGGGGAACAUGUAAUUGUGCAGUACCUUUUAACUAUUGUCAACUCAAGUGAUAAAUAUAAGAAGUGGGCAAAUUUGUCUGCCACGGACAGCUCGUUGGAAUGUUCAAACUCAAAUUUAGAGAAACAGAAAAGGAGAUAUCCUUCUGAUCACACGCAGGACAUUAUUGUAAAUGGAGUUCGUAGAAUUCUCUUCGAGACUAUAUCAUCUUUUGAUGGUAAUUUGGAGGAUGAAAAGGACAUGGGAAUUCUUAUUGAGACACAAUUGCAUGCUCUGCACAAAGCUUUGCACGUUCCUAUGGAUCUUUGCAAUGACGCUUCUAUCAAGGUUGCUUCUAAACUUUUGAAUCUUUAUCGUACUGGGAGGCUGGGCUGUUACACACUUGAUUCAUUGCCACCUGUUAAAACUUAGUGAGCAACAAUCUUGUAAAAUUAUCAACUGUCAAGCCGUUAUAACUUUGACUAAAAGUUAGCGUCUCAA